AUGGACUUCCACUCGCUGAUCGAGAAAGCCAAGCAGGGCAUCGAAGACCUGCUGCCCGGGGACGAGCCGCAUUCGCACACCAAUGAGGGCCACGAAUGUGACCAGGACGCCUCGCAUGCCGAGUACAGGGGCAAUCGCUACUCUUCGUUCGCCCCCCAGAGUUCGGGACAUCCCAAGUGGUAUGUCGACGGUGCCUCGUACUUUUGGGCCGUCUCCGUCGCCCUCGAGGAGGCGCAAGACUACAUCUACAUCCUGGACUGGUGGUUGAGCCCAGAGCUGUACCUGCGUCGGCCGCCUGCUCGCAAUGAGCGCUACCGGCUGGACAACAUGCUCAAAGCCGCUGCUGAGCGUGGUGUGCGGGUCUAUGUGAUUGUCUACAAGGAGGUGCCCCAGGCGCUGACACUGGACUCGGCACACACCAAACAUGCCCUGGAAGCUCUCCAUCCGAAUAUCAAGGUCUUUCGGCAUCCUGACCACUACCCAAGCGGCACCCAUGUCGUCCAGGGGCUCCAGGAGAUCCACUCGGGCUUGCAGAACUUUAGUCUGCAAACAUUCGACCUCGCCAGAGCGUCGGAGGAUGUGCUCAAGAGUCUCUACGGCACUGCCGAGGACACCGUCCUGUACUGGGCGCACCAUGAGAAGCUGUGUCUGAUCGACGGCCGAGUGGCUUUCAUGGGCGGUUUGGAUAUGUGCUUCGGAAGAUGGGACACCAACAGCCACCCCAUUGCGGACGCCCAUCCUGGCAACGUCGACGACAUCAUAUUCCCUGGGCAAGAUUACAACAACGCACGGAUCUAUGACUUCGAAGAUGUCAACAAGUGGGAGAACAACAAGCUCGACCGCACCAAGAGCUCGCGGAUGGGCUGGUCCGACAUCAGCGUCAGCCUGUCGGGGCCAAUCGUGGGCAGUCUUGCGAUCCAUUUCACCGAGCGAUGGAACUUCAUCUUCAACAAGAAGUACAUCUCUCGUGACAUUGGCAAGUACCAGCUGCUAGAGGGACCCCCAUCUCACCGUGGCGCUUCCCGCCAUCUCCAGGAUGACGGGCAGCAGUACUUUGGGGGGCUGCAUGAACGCUUCUCCCGUCGCAUGCACCGAUUCAUGGGCGAUGAGGACGAAGGGGAGCGCCGCGGGCAGCAGCAGCACAGCGACGGCGCCCAUAUCCAACUGACUCGGAGUGCCUGCAAAUGGUCAUUGGGUGUCGACACGGAGCACUCGAUCGCCAACGCGUACAUCGAGGCCAUCAAGAACGCUAGGCACUUUGUCUACAUCGAGAACCAGUUCUUCAUCACGGCGACCUCGGAUAAACAGAAGCCCGUGGCCAACAAGAUUGGCCGGGCCAUGGUCGACCGCAUCCUCCGCGCCCACGAGAACGGCGAGGAUUUCCAUAUCAUCGUCAUGAUGCCUGCCGUGCCCGCGUUCGCUGGCGAUCUCAAGUCGGACGGCGCCUUGGGCACGCGUGCCAUCAUGGAGUUCCAGUACAACAGCAUCAACCGCGGAGGCCACAGCAUCAUUGAGACGCUGCGCGACUCGGGCGUCGACGAUCCCCACAGGUACAUCAACUUCUACAACCUGCGCAGCUACGACCGCAUCAACACCAGCGCCAUCAUGGGCCGCGUGGAGCAGGACAGCGGGGUGCGUUACCAGGAGGCGCAGCGCGAGUACGAUGAGCGCUAUGAAAGGUAUAACUACGAGCGUGACCAGGGAUACGGUCGUGCUGAUGGCCGACGUGGCGAGUAUGAGCGCGGUGAUGGCUACGGUCGGGAUGAUGAGUAUCGGCGCGGUGGCUAUGGGCGCGGUGACGACUACGGCCGUGAUGAAGACCGGCGUGGCGGGUAUGGACGGGAUGAUGGCUACGGUGGUCGGGAUGAUGGCUACGGUGGUCGGGAUGAUGGCUACGGUGGUCGGGAUGAUGGCUACGGUGGUCGGGAUGAUGGCUACGGUGGUCGGGAUGAUGGCUACGGUGGUCGGGAUGAUGGCUACGGUGGUCGGGAUGAGUACCGGCGCGGUGAUGACUACGGCCGUGAUGAUGACCGUCACGGCAGCCAGUACCGCCGCUACCAGGAGGCAGCCGGCCGCCUUUCAGACCAGACGUUGGACACCGUCUCGGCUUGCUACAUGGAGAACGGCCCCGACCUACGCAGCGUCCCCUGGUCCGGCUCUCCCGAGGAUGAAUUCAAUGCCUAUGUCUCGGAGGAGCUGUACAUUCACAGCAAGGUUCUCAUCGCCGACGACCAGCUCGUAAUCUGCGGCUCGGCCAACCUCAACGAUCGCUCUCAGCUCGGCAACCACGACAGCGAGAUUGCCGUCAUCAUUGAGGACCCAACGCCUGUCGAAAGCACCCUAGCCGGGCGCCCUUACACGGCCUCCGCCUUCGCAACCUCGCUCCGCCGCCAGCUCUUCCGCAAGCACCUCGGCCUCCUGCCCCACCAGCGCCCGGACACGGCCAACCGCAACUGGACGCCCGUGACCCACGACCCGGUCAACGAGUAUGACUGGGGCUCGCACGCCGAUAGACUUGUCGAGGACCCGCUGAGCAGGGACUUCCUCGAUCUGUGGCGGGGCACGGCGCGGCGGAACACCGAGAUCUUUAGCCGCGCGUUCCACCCGGUGCCGAACGACGAGGUUCGCACGUGGGAGGACUACGACCGCUUCUUUUCGAAGCACUUUGUCAUCCCCGGGGAGCCGGAGGAGCAAGCGAAGAAGGGAUACGAGCAGGGCAAGGUGGACUAUGGGCACGUGGUCCGGGAGGAGUUCCCUGGUGGCGUGGACGAGCUGAAGGACUGGCUGAGUGGGAUCCGGGGCACUCUCGUUGAGAUGCCGCUGCAGUUCCUCAUUGAGGUGGACGACUUGGCUAAGAACGGCCUGGCCUUGAAUAGCCUGACUGACGAGCUCUACACGUAG